AUGGCAGACUUAAAAGACAAUGUAAAAGUUGCCCUAAGAAUAAGGCCGCUUAAUAGCAGAGAGCAGCAAGAAAGUGGGAAAAAAUGCGUAACUGUCCACGAAUUUCAAAAUUCUAUUUCAUUAGAAACUCGCCCAGAGCCGAAAAUAUUUACCUAUGAUUAUGUAGCUGACGAAUACGUAACCCAAGAACAAAUUUUUGAUGCUGUGGGCAAACCAAUUGCUAAAUCCAGUCUUUCAGGCUAUAAUGGAACUAUCUUUGCAUACGGCCAAACUGGGGCUGGGAAGACUUUCACAAUCCAAGGUUUAGGAAUUGAAGAAUUUUCUUCUGAUUUUGAGAAGCAUGAAAUGUACAAUUUUCGAGGUCUUUUGCCAAGAUGUUUUGAGUUUAUAUUCCAUGAAGUGAACCAAGAAAUGAAGAAUUCUAACUGCGAGUAUUUAAUCAAAUGUUCUUAUUUAGAAAUUUACCAAGAGCAGAUUAAUGAUUUACUUGAUCCAAGUUUUGAAAGUUUGCAGAUAAGAGAAGACAUGAAGCGAGGAGUUUAUGUUGAAGGUCUUAUUGAAGAAACUGUGAUUAAUGCUUUUGAAACUUAUGAACUUUUAAGAGUCGGAACACAAAACCGCCAUGUGGGAUCUACAUCUAUGAAUAAAGAAAGCUCAAGGUCUCAUUCAGUGUUUACCUUGCUGAUUGAAAGCAAGCAUAGUGUAGACGGAUUAGUCAAUUUUCGGUCAAGCAGGUUUCAUUUAAUAGAUCUUGCAGGCAGUGAAAGACAAAAAGCGACAGAUGCAGCUGGAGAUAGGCUAAAAGAAGCAGGGAUGAUCAAUAAAUCUUUGUCAGCUUUAGGCAAUGUCAUUAAUUCGCUUGUUGAUAUUUCAGAAGGAAAGUCUCGGCAUGUCCACUAUAGAGAUUCUAAACUGACUUUUUUACUAACUCCCCCCCCCCCUCCGUGAGCGAACAAAACCAUUAGAAAAAUCGCCAUUUUUUGACCAAAAACCCACCCUCCGUGAGUGAACAAAAAUUUUUUUAAUAGAAAAAAUUUUAAUGGAAAAAAAUUUUGAUAUAUAAGUGAUAAUUAGUAUAAUGAAAUCUAGAGCUAAUUCUGUUUAAUUUUAAACAAAUUGCGUUUUAAAACAUAAAUUUUGCAAAUUAAAUUAAUAUUUGCUUUCCCAAUUUUUGCAAAUUAGGAUUUUUUUAAAUUUCGAAAAAAAUAUUUUUUAUAAAAUUUAUAUAUAAAUUGUUUUUAAAAAAAAAAAUUAACCCCCCUCCGUGAGCGAACAAAAUUUUUUUGUUCGCUCACGGAGGGGGGGGGGGAGUAAAAGAUUCAUUAGGCGGGAACUCGAAAACUUAUAUAGUCGCUAAUAUCAGCCCUGCGGCCGGAGCUUUUGCAGAAACUUUAUCAACUUUAAAAUUCGCCCAGAGAGCGAAACAGAUAAAAAAUACUGCAGUUGUAAAUGAAGAUACAAGCGGAUCACUGGUUUUAUUAAGAGAAGAAAUAAAGAGACUUAAAGAAGACCUUGUCCAGGCUAAAAAUAUAGCUGAGCAAGCUGUCAUCAACUGCCCAAGAUGCGCUAAUAAAGACUUUGUGCCAGGUCUAAAAGGUAUUACGCCUAAUGAAAGAAUUUCUCAGCUUGAGCUAUUAUUGGAGCAUAAUAUCAGAUUAAGACAAGAAAGUGUCUCAGAGCUGGAAAAACAAAUAAAUGAAAAAGAUAAACAAAUUCAGUCCUUGAAUAUAGCCAUUUCUAAAUAUGAAAGAAAAAUCACCAAUGAUAAGAUGGUGCUGAAAUUCAGAGAUUCAACGAUUUCAAGAUUACAAGGGCAGCCAGUUUCAGAAGAAGAUUCAGAAUUGGAGAACCUUAAAAAAGAAAACGAGAUGCUUACCCUCCACUCCGUGAGCAAGCAAAAAAUUUUCUUUGCCUAUAGAGGAUUAUUUUUAAAACUUAUAUAGUAUAAUUUGUUUUUAGAAGUUUAAAAAAAUCUAUUCGUAAAGAUUGAGCAGUAAAAAUUAAUUUAAUUUGCAAAAUUUAUGUUUUAAAAAUGCAAGCUCUUCAAAAUUCAACAGAAUUAGCUCAAGAUUUCAUUAUAAUAAUUAUCAUUUGUAUAUCAAAUUUUUUCAUAAAAAAAUUUUGUUUAGAGUGAGGUUUUUGAGUAAAAAAUCGUGAUUUUUCCAAUGAUUUUGUUCGCUCAGGGAAGUUAGAGAACAAAUUGAGUCAAAUCCAAUAGCUGCAAGGCUAUUUGUGGAAAAUGAUAUAUUGCAAAAAGAAAAUGAUUAUCUUAAACAGGAGCUUGCAAAUGGUCCUUCCUCAAUUGCAAUGAGACUUGAAGAAGAAGCGAAAUUUACACAAGAAUUAAGAGAAGCCUUAAGAGAAAGCACGCUAGAAAAAGAAAAUCUUAAAGCUCUAAUAGCAGAUUUACAGGCAAAAAGUAAAGAAAAUCAAGCUCCCCAAAUAAAAAUCAAUGAAAAUCAAGGAUUUUUACAAAUAAAAAACACAGAAGAAGACAUCUUCAUCUCUUCUCACAAAAAAAGCAUUGACGAGGACUUUUUAACAACCCCCCACAAGCGGAGUAUAGAUGAUGAAAAACUAUACACUCCUAAACGAAGAAGCAUUGACGAAGAAAGACAGGCCUACACAAUCAGCCCAAGACUUAACAAUGAAGAUGAAAUCACCAAAGUAAAACUAGAAUACGGCGAAAAAAUCAGCGAGCUUAAUGAGCAGCUUCUUGAAGCAAAAUCCGCUAAAAGUAAAGAAAUGCUGGAGCUUAAAGAUAAAAACAUUCUAUUAGAAAUAAAAAUUGCUGAACUGCAAAGAGAGCUCGAUACUUUGAAAAUAAAUUCAAAAGAAAAAGUAGACGAAGACUUAGUUGCUUCAGCUUCUCAAAUCGAUGAGAUUUUGAAGACUGUUAAUGAGCAGCAAAUGUCAUUGCAAGCUGAAUAUCUGCAAAGAGUUGAAAGUGAAGGGCAUCUAAAAGAGGCUAAAUUUCAUUUUUAUUGGAGCACAUUCCUCUUUAGAGGUUUCCUCGAGGAUUUUUGAACGAUUUUUUCCACUGAAACAUAAUAAAUCGAAAUUUUAAUAAUUUUUUCCGAAUAUGUGUCACAUUAGGGAAAAGUUUCAAUCAAAAAUCCCGAAGAAAAUGCUACAGAAGGAAAAUGUUCCGAUCAAAUGACAUACCGCUAAAAGAAGAAGUGGAAAAAAUAAAAAAAAUCAAAGAAGAGCUAGAAAAUGAAUGUAAAGUCUUGAAAAAGAAAAUAGAGAAGGAUGAGGUUGAAAGAGAAACAAUUGGGACUCUCGUAGAAGAAAGAGAAGGGAUAACUAUUGAAAUAAACAAUCUCAAAAGUGAGCUUGGAGAGCUCAGGUCCACAGCUGAAGCCGCACAAAGGUUAGGGAUUCUUGAACAAGAGCUCCUAUUUGAAAAGGCUAAACGCGAAGAAAAAGAAAACGAGCUAAAAAAUGCUUUGCAGGAUAUUGAAAAUUUAGGAGAGUCUUUUGAGUACCUUAAAGCAAAUAUUGAAGAAAAUAAAAAAACUAUUGCAAGUAAAGAUGCCAAAAUAGCAGAGCUUAAGCAAGAUAUAUCAAGACUUGAAGCGUUCAGAGAAAAUCAAGACCAGCUUAUAUCAUCAUUUAAAUCUAAUAAAGAUCCAUCAGAAUCAAUCAGCGAAAUUGAGCCUUUGAAGAACAGAAUUUUUGAGCUUGAGCAAGAAAAAGACUCAAUUUCUAGGAUGUUCACUGAAGCUAGCCUACAAAUGCAAGAAUUGAAAAAUUCUCAUAUUGAGCUGAAAAAGCAAGAAGAUGCCUCAAAACAAGCUAUGCACGAGCAGCAGAAAUACAUUACAACUAUGAAAAAAGAAAUAUCUGGGCUAGAAGAAAAAAUUAAUGCGAAAAAAGAAAAAUUAAAAUAUUAUAAAGAAGAACACAGAAGAGUUACUGAAGAAAAUGAAGAAUUGGCCCAAGAAAAAUCGUUUAUGAAUAAAGAAAAAAUAAACUUUGAAACAAAUUAUAUAAGCUCUAAAGAAGAAAAUGAUAAACUAAGCCAACAGGUUGUAGAACUAAGUAUACAAGUUGUGAAACUCAGAGAAGAAAAAGAAUCAAGAGUUAAUGAUUUAACUAAUGAAAUCAAGCAUUUAGAAUCAGAGCUUUUCCAAGAAGAAAAAAAUAGAGAAGCUUUAUUAGAAAAAAUAGAAAUUUUAACUGAAGACCUCACAAAUGCCCAGGCAAACGCAAAUCAUUAUCAGCAGCUAAGCAUCAGCUUGUCCCAAAAAAACGCCGAGUUUACUUCCGAGAUCUCCAAACUCCGAGACUCUCCCAAAGAAAUUUUAGAAUCCCUCGAAUACGAACUUCAAGCUGCUCGAGAAGAAAUCGCCACGCUAAAAGAAGAAAACCAUACAAAAAUGGAAAUUCUUAAAAGUACCAACAAAAAUAUCCUAUCCACAAGAAAUGAAAUCAAUAUGUGGAAAAAGUGCAUUGACGAAAAAAACCAAACAAUUCAAGAUUUAAGGCUAGAAAUAAGGCGACGAGAAGAAGGAAACUAUAAACAGCUCAAUUCUUUCCAAAUGAAAGCGUCUGAUGUAUCAUAUGACAGUCUCACAGACGAAAAUGAAAUUAAAUACUGGAAGCAAAAGGUGCAAAUCAAAGAUAAAGAGCUAAAAGAACUGAAGGAAAAAGGGCAGGAAUAUUAUUCACAGGCUGAUGAAGCAAUGGAAAUCCAAAGAAAAGAAAUUGAAGUGUUGACAAAAAAAUAUAAUGGAGCCAUUUCAGAUGUAAAAAAAGCAAAAGAGGAUUUAAAGGCAAGCCUGCAAGAUAGAGAAACAAUGCUGGAAGAAAUUAAAAGACUGAGAAGUGAAGAGUAUAAAAAUUUCAAAGAAAAUGAGGAAUUAAGAAAUUCGCUGUCACAGGCAAGGGAAGAAAAAAAUAGGCUUAUGAGGGAUAUAGAAAUUUUAAAUAAAGAAAAUGAUAGGCUGCUUGGAAAUGGGGAAAGCAGCUUAAGAGGAAAAGGGAUUGGAAAAGAUGGGAUUUCUUUGAUAAAAAUAAAUCAGAGGUUAACAGAAGAGCUGAAACUGAAAGGGGAGCAGGUUGAAAACUUGCAAAAGAAGUUUAUGGAUUUAUCCAAAAAAAUAUCAGACCCGAAUAAUCUAAAGACUGGGCAGCAAGAAGAAAUCCAGAACUUAACUGAAGGCUUGGCAAGAAUUACAGAUUUUGUUUUUUCUUUGCCAAUUGUAAAUUCUAACCCUGAAGAAACUAAUAUAGUAGAAAGUACUAUAAAAGCAAUAGCAGGUAUCUAUGAGGCUUUACAAGAAAAGCAAAGAGAAUUAAAUCUGUCUCAAAGGGGCAUUCGGCACGAUGAACAUAGUAGGCAUGAGCCUUUUGGGACCUCCCAAAUAAAUAAGCCUGCUUAUAAAAGCCCAAUAGCCCAAUAUCAUGCAUUACUAAAUGCGUCUUCAAUAAAGCCUGGCGAACUACUAUCGCCCUCAGAAAUGCCAAAAGUACGGAGCUCCUCAAGGCAGAAAUUUAAUUUAUAA